AUGGAGGACCUUGGACUUUUUGUUCCAGUUGUUGGCUUUUGUAUAGCGCAGACUGCCAUUCCCGGCCUGCUGCUUAUCAAAACUCCCAAAGGCUCCUUUCUCCGAUACCUAUGGAUUCUUUGCUCGCUGUGUCUAACUUACCAGUUUUUUCUCUUAUCACGAGGCAUCUCAAGCAUUUCUAUUCAAUAUGCCAACGCAGGAAUGCAGGUCUUUGUCGCAACUCUCCAAGCGGCAAACCUACUCAUCUUCAGCCCUAUAGACGAAGGCUACCUUUUACGGUUUGGAAUUUUUUCAAGCCGGUCCAGUGGUCUCGCAAAAAUCUGGCGCACUUCUAGACUUUUUAUUGCUUCGCGUGGUAUCGGCACUCCGUGGAUUGUCAAGAAUGUUCCGCAACACCCCAAGGCUCUUAUCGCACAAGCGAAGCCUAGAAUACCCAAGUCAGCAUUUCUCCUUCGACAAGCGGUGGUUUUCGCCUGGCAGUACGUUUUACUGGACGUGUUGUACGUUGUCUCGACUUUGGACGAAUCGUCGUCGGGCCCUUCAACAACACAUUUUGACUACUGGGAGGUCAAGGCAGUAGAAUGGCCGCAAUAUGUUUUAAUGGCCUUGUUCUCAUGUUGGAUUGGGAGGCUCAUCACCGGAAGAUUGGCCACCUUUAUUCGGAAGCAUGUGGAUGGCAUUUACGUUGCGCAACUUUUGGGGCAAGUUCUGGCACCAGUUCCUGCGAUGGCCCUUCACAUCUACGGCUAA